AUGAACAAGAAUUCACCCUCACCGAGUUCACCAACCCCUGUGAUUUUGGUGUUGGUCACCAAUAAAUAGGGGAAAGUGCUUGAACAUAGUCAGUUCUUCAGAACCUUCUCUGUCUUUGGAUAAGUUAAAAAGGUAUUUAUUGUUUUCUUAAACAUAUAAGAUUCUAAUAUUUGAAAGAAAAAUCAUCUGGAAAGUAUUUAUUGAAUACGAAACAGCACAAUAAGCACAAUAAGCACUUAUCUUAGAUGGUACUCUCUUCGAUUACUAACUGAAAAUGAGAGUCCAUCUAAGCUAACGAGAUUCCCUUGUGUUUUAGAAUAACAACAAUUGCGGUGUCGGUAUAAUUUUAUUUAAAAAUAAAGAUUACACUACUCUUCAAUCUAAAUAGUAAUUUUUUCAACAAUUGAAGGAAGAUUCAAGUUCCCUAAAUCAAUAAUUAUAACAGAACCUUGAUAUUUUGAAUCAAUUUAUUACUCAACUUAAUCAGAAGAGUGAUUUAAAAGAACAAAUUUCCCUAAUCCAAUAAAUUCAAGAAUAUCGUAAUCAAACCCAAUAAUUGACAGUCCUUUAUUAAUAAUAGUUGCGUAAUUAUGCUUCUGUACUCUAAAGAGAAGGUAAGAAAUAAAAAUAGAUUGUAUCCUCAACUACCACUCCCUCCCCAUCACCUUUUCAACAUUCUACCCUAGAUUCAAUUAGAUAACAAAUCCUUGAAGAGUCAUCCGAAGAUGAUAAAGAAGAAUUCUCAGAUGGAGAAAGCAUUUCCUCUGAAUAGUCACCCAAGUCUCAAAAAUCUGCCCGUUCUUAAGACAAUUAUAAUGAAGUCUUUUGUAAUGAUUCUAGCAAUCCCUUUUCUUGUGGAGCUAGUCCUUUCACACCAUAUCCUUAAACAUAAAGCAGUCCCUUUUUAAUGACUCCUACUUCUAUACCAACAUAUUUGGUAGUGCAGCAUCCCAAUACUAAUCUACGAGUGGUGUACAACAUCUUUAGUACAGUCACAAGAGUAGAUGCUAUAUAUCAAAGUUAAUAUGGAGCCUUCCUUUAAUUGCCAUCCAAAGAAGAAGCAAUUCGAGUCAAACAUUUACUAAAUAAGGUUCUUCUUUUGGGAAUGCCUAUGACUAUAAUGCUCUCAGAUAAACUACCUUAAGAUGCUCGUUCUGUAACCCUUCCACCAAAUGAGAGAAAACAAAUAAUAACUUAAUAAUUGUCUAAUUCAAUCUAAAUUACAGGCCUUACAGGUGUUACCAUAGAGUAGAUGUAUUAAUACUUCGGAUGUAUGACACCUAUCUAGAACAUGAAGUACUAUAUCUUAUAAUUCUUAGAUUCAUUAAUCAAAGCUCUUGCAAAAUACUCUAUUCUGAUGUAGGAUGCAGUCUUAGUGUCUUAGGACAUUUCCAAGAUGCCAAGAUCAAUGGAAGGUAUCAUUUUUAUUUAUUUGCCUUAGAUCUGUGUAACUUUCAUUCACAGCUUUCUGAUU